AUGGGUGGAGGAUUAUUUACACCUGCUCAAAAAGCUAGAUCAAAGACAAAUUAAUAGUAGAGUUUCUUAGAUAACAAUAAUGUUGAUAUUUUAUAGCCAGAUUUUAUUAAUGAAAACGCUAAAGAAUGUGUUGAACACGCGCUGAUUGAUGAUGGAUAAAUUAGAUUAAUGAUUAAGUAAAAAUAUGAGUUCUACAUAUCUUGUGUAAGAUUACCUAAAAUGGAUUACAUUUCAAAAACAGAUCCAGCAGUGUAUUGCUACAUAAUUAAGGAUAACGAACCUGAGUUCAUUCAUAAAACUGAAGUAAUUGCUGAUGACUAGGAUCCAUAAUUUGCUAAACCUUUAGUACUAAGUGUAGAUCUUACUCAAUUUAAUAAGGAAGUAAUUUUUAAUAUCUAUGAUAUUGAUAAAUAUAAUCAUUUUGGAGAUCACGAAAGACAGUAUAUUGGAACCAUUUAGACAAGUAUUUCAUCUAUGUUAAUGGACGAAUAAUUUUAAAGUGCCAUAAGAUAUGACGAAAAAUAGAGUGGAGAGACUAAAAGAGAUCUAUAAAGUUAAAAAAGAACAUCUAAAUCGACUUAAGGUUAGUAAAGAGGAGAAUUCAAAGUUCGGACAUAUAAUUGCGAUUAAUAUUCAGAUUAUUAUAUCUUUUAAUUAGAAGGACUAAAUAUUAAAUCUAAAGAAUCAAUUUAUUUGAGAGUUGUUACACAUAAUAAAAAUUAUGGGGCAAAUAAUGAAACUGAAAAGGUUGAUAUUAAAUUUUAAGAGGAACCUAAAGAAUUACCUUUGUAUUAAACUGACCUUAUAAAAAUAUCUAAAACCAUAAAUUGGGGAAGGUUUGAAAUACAAGAAAAAAAAAUAUCAAAAUAUUUAAAAUUUGAGCUGUACUAAUUCUAUGAGAGUAGAGUUAAAAAAGAUUUAAUUGGAGAAUUUAAAGUUUUAAAAGAAAAUAUCAAGACGCUACACGGGACUGAAUAGCCAAUUUGUAUGCUAAAUAAAAAAAAGGUUUAAGGAAUUUUAAAGUUUCAAAAAGUCACAAAAAUGAUGCAUCCUUAUUCAUUACUUUAGUAUAUCUAUGGUGGAUUAAAUGUUCAAUUUUUUAUGGCUUUUGAUUACUCAUAAAUGUCUUCUAACAUUUAUUCCUCUGAGUAAGAGAAUAUAGCAAGUCAUUAGAAUUUGAUUAAUUAAUAUGAGCAGGCUAUAAGAAAUUGUAUUGAUCUUGUUAAAUUUUUCUCAAAAAACUAAAUGGUUCCUAUGUAUGGCAUGGGAGCUAGAUUGCCACCAUCUUAUACUCAUCAUAGCAACUGUUUUGCCUUGUCUGGAGAUUGGUAUGAUCCAGAAAUCGAUUUAAGAUACAAAGAAGAAGCUGUUAAUACAUUUAAAAGAACUUAUAAAAUAAUUAAACCCUCUUCAACACUGAUAUUUUCUGAUAUUUUAAAAUUUAUAAACGGGUAUUGUGAAGGAGAAGAAUUCACAUCUGAAAAUUAAACUCUAUGUGUCCUCCUCAUUUUCUCCCAUAACGAACUACUAUAAUCAGACAUUGAAGAAACUAUGACCUAAUUAAAAUAAUUUGUUGAAAUACCAUUCCAAGUAGUUAACAUUGGAAUUGGUACUUAAAAUUUUGAGUAUGUUAACACUUUUUUAAGUUUGGAAAACUAUGAAUCAAGCAAGAAGUUUAGCUUUGUUCCUUAUGAGGAAUUUAAAAAUGAUCAAUUUGGAUUUUGCUAAGAAAUCCUUAAAAAUAUACCACUAUGCUUACUAGAAAAAGCAAGGAAAUAAAGAAUCCCACCAAUAACAUCAUUUGAUAGCUUACUUGUUGCAAGAGAAUUCUACUAAAAGAGUCUAUUUUCUGGAGAGAAAAAAAACUUUUAAUGUAUUAAUGAACGCCCCUUUUUUGAUUAUUUAAUAUAAGAACUAGGCUACAAAACAGAAAUAAUCAAAGAUAUUUUCUUGAAUGGACUGGAAGAAGAAGAUCUUGGUUUAGUCCUUGACAGAAUUGGUUUUUAUUCAAAGCCUGCUAAUUCUUAAACUACAUCUAAAUUCUAUAGUACAAUUAAACAAUAUGAUGAAUCAGUUCCAUAAAAUUUACUUAAAAAGGUUAAAUAAUUUCAUCGAUUAAAAGAGAAGUAUAAUGCGCAUACCAAAAAGUAAGAAAAUAAAACAUUAGAGAUUAAAAAAUAAAAUCAUGAUAACUUGUCUCCCUUCAGUUUUUUUUACAAAGCUGAUUAAAAAAAUACUGAUAAGCAAGAAAAUUAAAAUAAUUAAUAGAAUAAUAAAUACAGAUCUCUGCCAGAUUAUCCAGAAUCAUAUAAAUAUUCGAAAAUCAAUUCUGCAAACAAUCUCAAUUAAGAACAAGAAAACAAUUAAAAUCAACAAGACUAUGAUUCUGUUUACAAUGGAUAAAAAAACGACGAAAUAGAAAAUAAUUUUAAUUAUAGUCCUUCUAAAGUGUAAAACUCAUCAUUAUAUUAAGAAAACAGUUAAAAAAAGUAAAUUAGGUAAAAUAAUUUUUUAAAUAAGUGGAAAGAUGCAAUAGUUUAAUCUGCAAAACAAAAUUCUUCUGCCAUUAAAAAUUAUAAAAAGUAAAAACCUGUAAUAUAAGGAAUUAAUUGUUCUUUUUGCACUGGAGAAUAAAUCAAUAUUAUUUUAAUGCCAUGUGGUCAUAAUUGCUGUUGCCAAGAAUAUUUAGAUUAAUUCAGUGAUCAAGUAUGUCCGAUUUGCCAUAUUAACAUUAUCCAAAUAGUAAAAUUUUAUGAUUAAGAGUAAAAACUUGAUAUCUCUUAAGAUUAAUACAGAAAUAAUAGUAAAAGUAAAGAAAGAUUAAAUAAAUCACCAGAUAAGAUAGAUAAUAAUAAAAAUGAACCUGAAAUUUAAUUUUUAGUAAAUAAAUAAGAAUUUACAAAUAUUGUCCACAAAAAAAAGGAAAAGAGUCACUUGGCUCAAGGAUAAAUAAUACUAAAGUAUGAAUGA